AUUGAAAGAACAACAAACAACCAAUCAGUGACACCCCUAUCCCAAUUUCACCCCCCACCCACCCGCACAAAAUCAUACCCCAGCCAUCCACUGAACUUGGCAGAAUCCCAUAACAUCCGAACUGGACCCCACCAAACGCCCACCACCGAACUAAGGAAAAGAAAGAAAUUCCCUCUCCUCUCCUCUAGUGAAUUCCAUUCAGUUCCAAGCUAAACCAAAAAUCCAUGCCAGAAAAUCAUUUCCAUUUCUAGCAUCUGCAAAGUCUCUUCCAUGCUCAAAUACUCAGACUUCAAGUUCAAGUACAGUAAUUGAUAAUCGAGGGUUUGGAAUGGAUAGUUGGUGUGGAGGAGAGGCAACAAUUAAGAGCCGGGCUAAACAAACUGAAGAGAGUUAUCAGUUACAGCUUGCUCUUGCUUUGAGGUUAUCUUCACAGGCUGCUUCAGCUAAUGAUCCCUAUUUCUUGGAUUUCAGUUCUAGUGACAAUACUAAAAGAGGACUUCCUCCUUAUUCUCCCGAGUCUCUUUCUCAUCGAUUCUGGGUGAAUGGAAGUUUGUCAUACUUUGAUAGAAUUCCAGAUGGGUUUUAUGUGAUACAUGGAUUGGAUCCUUAUACAUGGAGCAUAAGUGCCGAUAGUCGUGUCCCAUCUUUUGAAUCAUUAAAGGCUGUUAAUGAUUUGUCAAUAGGAGUGGUUUUGAUUGAUAGAUUCAGGGAUCCUGGUUUGAAGGAGGUACAUAAUAGAGUUAUUGGUCUUUCGAGCAGCUUGAGUACAACUGAAGAUGUGGUUAAACACCUUGCGAUUGUUGUUUGUAAUCUUAUGGGGGGUGUAGUCCUCAAUGAAGAUGAUAAUGCCUUUGCCGAAUGCUGGAAGGAAUGUACUGAAGUGAUGAAAAGGCGCUUCCGUUCUGUUGUGCUUCCAAUUGGAAGCUUAUCCAUUGGCCUUUGUGUUCAUCGUGCAUUGCUGUUUAAAGUAUUAGCAGACUCGAUUAACUUGCCUUGCAGAAUUGUUAAAGGAUGUAAAUACUGCAGAAGAGAUGUCGUUUCAUCCUGUCUGGUACAAGUUGGUAAUGACAGGGAAUACUUUGUUGAUUUGCUUAGAAAUCCAGGAGCCCUAAGCCAGCCUGAUUCCUCGCUCAAUUGUUCAUCUUCAAUCUUAGUUUCUUCUCCAUUGUCUCAUCCAAGGUUUAAAUCUAACCAAACAACCGAGGACUUCAGGACAUUGGCCAAACUCUACUUCCUUGACAGCCAGCCACUUAAUCUUGUAUUUGAUAAUUCUUCUUCAGGCACUACUAUUGAUGAAGAUGACAAAUUUAUUUCAAGGCUCGGUAAAGACAAGAAGAACCUUCUACCCACUUCAAGCAACAACCGUGACACUUCUCUGUCAAGUUCUGUCUUACCAGUUAGGCAAAAAUAUACAGAUCCUGUCAUCUCUAAUCCCAAGCGUGUUGCUACAAAUAAUUUGUUGUUAAUGGAAUUAAACCAGUCAAUACCAAGUAAAUCAAACAAUCAACUUCAUCUUGAAGAGGAAGAUUUGGAUGUACCCUGGAGUGAACUUCUUUUGAAGAAUAAAAUUGGAUCAGGCUCUUUUGGAACUGUUUAUCAUGCUGACUGGCGUGGUUCGGACGUUGCGGUCAAAAUUCUUGAGGAGCAAGAAUUUCAUGCAGAGCGCUUUGAGGAAUUUUUGAGUGAGGUUGCUAUCAUGAAACGUUUGCGACAUCCAAAUAUCGUUCUUUUUAUGGGUGCUGUUACCCAGCCCCCAAACUUGUCCAUAGUUAUGGAGUAUUUAUCAAGAGGCAGCUUGCACAAACUUUUACAUAUGAAUGAUGCUGCAUUGAUACUGGAUGAGAGGCGCCGCUUAAAUAUGGCAUAUGAUGUGGCUAAGGGAAUGAACUAUCUUCAUCAGUUUAGACCUCCCAUUGUUCAUCGAGAUUUGAAAUCUCUAAAUCUCUUGGUGGACAGUACAUAUACGGUAAAGAUUUGUGAUUUUGGUCUCUCACGAUCAAAAGCAAAGACAUAUAUUUCAUCAACAAAUGCUGCAGGGAGACCUGAGUGGAUGGCCCCAGAAGUACUCCGUAAUGAGCGAUCAAAUGAGAAAUCAGAUGUUUACAGCUUUGGUGUAAUCUUGUGGGAACUUAUGACACUGCAACAGCCCUGGAGAAACUUAAAACAAGCACAGAUCAUUGAAGCUGUUGGUUUUAUGGGCCAAAGGCUUGAGAUUCCAAGCAGUGUAAAUCCUUCAGUGGCUGCCUUGAUUGAUGUCUGCUUGGAUAAUGAGCCCUCUAAACGUCCCCCAUUCUCCUAUAUCAUGGAAACUUUACAGGAACUGAUAAAUAACUCUAUCUCCCAUCCAGUUGCCGCUCAAGUUCGAUGACAAAUCUAUAGGAGGGGAACCCCGGGUAAAAUCUUUAUUCAUAGCAAUGUGCCAUAGAUCUGAUGCUCAUCUGGUGCGUAUUUCAGGUGUGCCUGUCGUUUUAUAAUACUUAAUGAAUCAAAUAAAAUUUUCUUUAAUAUCUUUGUUGGAAUAUUUAUAGCUUAGAUGCAUGGUGUUGUACUAUUAUCGUCAACCAGCGAACAUCAUAGAUGAUAUUUUUCAUUACCUCCUGUCCCAUGCCCCGUAGUUCAAGGCAUUACAAUAAGAGAUCAAUUAUUAGAUUUCUGCAAGAAUAUAGAUAUACUAUCAGAUUUCGCAUUCAUUCAAUCCCACAUGAUGUGCUUUUAAUGUGUUAUAAGUCAUCUUAUUCUGUUGGUGGCAGGAAUCUUGCUGCACAUAGUUUUUUCCUUUGCAGAUAGAGGAAUGAUAAAGCUGCUUGCAUGGAUUUCAUUCUUCUCAUUGACAUGAUACUUUCUGGGCUUCCACAAGUUGUUGAUUGUCCUUUCUGUAUCGGCCAUGAUCUAACCCUUGUAGCUACAAUUGUAAAUACGCGGGAAGUUGUCAGGGUAUCGAUACCAAGCAACAUUGGUGGAAAUGCCACCAUGUGUUAGGAACUUUUAUCUGGGAAGAAGUUGAGGGCGGCUGGUUCAUAUUACUAGUUACACUGAUGUGCCAUCAUUUGCUUAAUUGCUUCACUCUGUUGGCCUCAUAUUAUGAUUGCAAUUUUUCAGCGUGAGAUUUUUUACUGCUCA